CUACUGGAGAGGACCAGCUCGGGUCUCUUCAUCCGCAUGCCGCCCCUCCACCCGGCCAAAGCGGCGCUCGGCUGCAUGUUUUUUGCUUUCCUCGGGCUGAUGCCGCUGCUGCUGCCUCUAAUGCUCGAUGCUGAUUCGCCCACUGGGGAACCAACACCCCUUCCGCCCCUCACGCCUGUUCUCUCCGCCCUCUGCGCAAU